CCGCGCCCAGGAUCCUCCGCGCGCAAGAUGGCCGCGCCGGGAGCGGAAGCGGAGCGGAGGAGGUGCUAGGCUCUACGCCCCCUCGGCCUUCCGUGAGGACCAUACCAGUCCGAAGAAGGAAGCUCACGGACCCAACAAAUGCGUAUUGCCUUUUCUCGCCGCGACCAUGGGGGCGUACUGACAGAGCCUUUGAUCUGAUAGGCAACCCCAGCAUUUCGCAGCCCUGACUUGGAACCUCCCCGAGGACUGCAGUGUAAGCGCGGUCUCUGCGUUCCGACCGAGGCACGAGGCCAGUCAGGCAGGUCCCUCUGUCCCGACAGGUGGGACACUGAGCACUCCAUGCCAGCGGGCGCGGGGAGGCGUGGCCUCCCCCAGGGCCGCCACCUCUGCUGGUUGCUCUGCGCUUUCACUUUAAGGCUCUGCCAAGCAGAAGCUCCCGUGCGGGAGGAGAAGCUGUCAGUGAGCGCCUCAAAUUUGCCGUGCUGGCUGGUGGAAGAGUUUGUGGUGGUGGAAGAGUGUGCUCCAUGUUCUAAUUUCCAGGCUAAAACCACCCCCGAGUGUGGUUCCACAGGGUAUGUGGAGAAAAUCACAUGCAGCUCAACUAAGAGGAGCGAGUUCAAAAGCUGCCGCUCAGCUCUGAUGGAACAACACUUAUUCUGGAAAUUCGAAGGGACUGUCAUAGGUGUGGCCUUGGUCUUUGCUUGCCUUGUCAUUGUUCGUCAGCGACAACUGGACAGAAAGGCGCUGGAAAAGGUCCGGAAGCAAAUUGAGUCCAUAUAGCUACCUCCUCCCCUUUCAUCUGGGUCUUAGAGACCCUACCUCACAGAAAGUGGAAUGAACUGACUCAUGCCCCUGGUUCUCUGGAACCUUGUGGUGGCACCCCCUUUCUCCCAUCUUCCUCGUCUAAAUCAUUAAUGAGCAGAAUAAAAAGAGUAAAAUCGUU